UUCAUGAAAAUGGCCGCCAAAUGACAAUUAUGAUGAUUCAUGACGCCAGAAAAAAAGUGUCAAUCGAACAUUGCAUAUAUCAGUCUACUUAUUUUAAUAUCAGUGUUAUCUAAAUUAAAGAAAAAUGGAUCAAGCAAAAUUAGAAGUAAAACUGGAAAACUACGAUACAGUAAAAUAUUUGGCUGAAGGUACAUUUGGAAAAGUGUUUUUGGUGCGAGAGACACAAACGAAUUCAACCAAUCAAAGCAACCGAUAUUUAACAUUAAAAGUAAUGAACAAAAACCGUUUGAACAGCAAAGGAUUGGAAGGUGCUUGCCGCCACGAAAUUGAAAUUCACUCAAACCUGGUUCAUCCCAACAUUGUGCGACCCUUUGAGUUCUUUGAAGACUAUAUCAAUAUAUAUAUGGUAUUUGAACACAUGGAAACAACAAUUCGUGAUCAAAUGUUAAAACUACUGAAUUUUCGUUUCUCUGAAAAAAAAGCAGCCGAAAUAAUGUGGUCUGUCUCUAGUGCGCUGGCAUACAUGCACCAGCUGGGUGUAAUUCAUGGCGACAUUAAACCGGAAAGAAUCAUGGUAAAUUCUGAUAAACGUAUAAAACUAGCGCUAAAAAACACAACGAAUGAAUUAAAUGGACCAAAAUGUUGCACUGCACCAGAACUUGUUCAAGGCAAACCGUUCUCGAUGCAUGUUGAUUUAUGGUACAUGGGCGUUCUUUGCUAUGAACUAAUCAACGGUUUUAAACCAAAAAUUGAUAAGAUUACAUACCCUCUUUGGAUGUCUGACUCGUCAAAAAAACUGAUUAAAUCAUUGCUACAAACGAAACCAGAUGAUCGUAAAUUAGCGUCAGAAAUUACCAAACAUGCAUGGAUUUUGUCACACGUAAAAUAGAAAAAAAAACUCGUAUUAUUAUGAACCGAAUUCUUUGUGAAAGUAAUUGUCGGCGAAAUGAUAUUUUAUCGCCAUUAAUUUAAAGUUUUAUUAUAUGUAUAAGAAAUUAAAUUGAAUGAAAGUAUUCCGCAUUAUUUGAUGCCCCAAUCUUAUGUGAACAAAAUGGAUUGUAUAUUGUUGUCAUCAUAGCCUUAAUAUUUAUUGUGAUAUCAAUCAUUGAAAUUUAAAAUACAAGAUGCUUUUUAUUAAAUAAGAAUGUUUAAAAAUGUUUAAAAAAUUCAUCAUGCUGUUGUCAAAGCUGAUCCAUUAGCCAUUAUCGUAUCUUGUAGUGGAACCAUUUGGCGAAAUAUUUCGGAUAAUUUAACAUUUUGGAAAGAUGAUCGUCUCAAAACUUUGUCGACAUGUUCGCGCAACAAGCCGUAAGUCUCUUCCAUUUCAGACGUUGUACGGAUCACUGUAAAUAAACGAUUAAGAAAAUUGUAAAUAAUCACAAAAUAUAUAUCAAACAUUUCAAUUCGA